AUCUCCUACGUUAAUUAUUACGUGACACCGUAUCGGUUUGUUGGCCGCCGUCACGAAUUAUUCAACAUUUGACCGCCUUGGAUUAGUUCCUUAGCGUCCGUUACGCAGUGCGGUUCAAAUGUAUCGUGCUGUGUUUUGAUUCAAAGGAAUUAUGAUUUAUUCUUGAAAAAGUUAACCCUUUAUUCUUCGUCGGGACAAUUAACCGGCCAGUUUUUUAAAAGAAUUUCUGCUCGAGGAAUUUCUUAAUUUAUUUUGUGUUUUUUUUAUACUCAUCUUCAUCAGAAUAGGCGUUCUUCCACGUUCUUUUUCUUCGAUCUUUCAAAGUGUUCUUUUGUGAAGCCCUAAUGUCAUAAUGGAUGGAGAGAAGCAACGAGGAAAAGUAAAGAAUCCCAGGGAGUCGGCAAAUAUUUUCAGCGUACUAACAUUUGCUUGGAUACUGCGGACUUUUUGGAUUGGCUAUCAGCGCGACCUUGAAGUUUCGGAUCUCUACAGUCCAUUGGAUGAGCACACAAGCUCGAUUCUUGGCAAACAGAUAUCAUCUCAGUGGGAAAAAGAGUUAAAACGUGUAGCUGAUUUUAAAUCUUCAAAAAAAGGAAAUGAUAAGCAGAUUGAGGAUAAUGAGAGCAAACCUGUUUUACCCAGCCUCCUAAAAGUCUUGUUGAGGUGCUUCGGAGGCAAACUUGUACUAUAUGGUAUCAUUCUCGCUGUAAUGGAGAUCUCACUCAAGGUCAGCCAACCAAUUUUUUUGGCUCGACUUCUUCGUUACUUCAGCAGCAGCACGCAAACGGAAAUAUCUAGAACAGAUGCAUUCCUUCUUGCUACAGGAGUCGUUUUGUGCUCUGCAAUAAAUAUCUUAGUUUUACACCCUUACAUGAUGGCAAUUAUGCACAUGGGUAUGAAAAUGAGGAUCGCUUGUUGCACAUUAAUAUACCGGAAGGCGUUAAAACUUUCAAAAACUGCCCUGGGCAGAACGACUAUUGGCCAGGCAGUGAAUCUUCUUUCAAAUGACGUAAACAGGUUCGACGUAGCUGUAAUUUUUUUUCAUUACCUGUGGAUCGGGCCCCUGGAAACGAUAAUCAUUACAUACUUUAUGUACACCGAAGUUGGAAUAUCAGCAAUCAUCGGGGUCUCCGCACUUCUCAUGUUUAUACCUAUGCAAGGUUCUCUUGGAAAGCGUUCAUCAACUCUGCGGCUACGCACCGCGAUAAGAACGGAUGAAAGAGUACGGUUAACAAACGAGAUAAUAACAGGAAUUCAGGCGAUAAAAAUGUACACAUGGGAACAGCCGUUUGGUGACCUCGUCGAAAACGCAAGAAAUCGGGAGAUCCAGGUGAUCACAGCAACAUCCUACAUCCGGGGUGUCAUAAUGUCCUUCGUUAUGUUCACCACGAGGUUUUCACUUUGCAUAACAAUCAUCGCCUACGUUUUACUUGGCGAAAAUAUAAAUGCCGAAAAGGUUUUCAUGCUUACCGCCUACUACAAUAUACUCCGACAGGCGAUGACGGUUUUUUUUCCACAAGGUGUUACACAGGUUGCCGAGGCUCUUGUGUCCAUCAAAAGGCUCCAGAAUUUUAUGCUGUACGAGGAAGUGUCGAUCACCAAAUCGCAAGCAGGUGGUGUCGAUAAAUCGUGUGAUCUUGCCAAUGGUUCCGUGCACAUGGAAAACGGUUUUGCCAAGUGGAUCGAAUCUUCCGAGGAAGACACGCUGCGAGGUAUAAAUUUUAAGAUAAAUCCUGGUCAGCUAGUUGCAAUCGUCGGGCAAGUCGGCUCUGGAAAAUCAAGCCUCCUCCACACGAUUCUACAGGAAAUGCCUCUAACUUCUGGUACAAUCAAGGCUCAAGGAUCUUUGACGUAUGCCAGUCAGGAACCUUGGCUCUUUGCGGGAUCGGUUCGGCAAAAUAUACUUUUUGGCAGAAAAAUGGACACUCGUAGAUACGAUCACGUCGUCAAAGUCUGUCAGCUCCAGACAGAUUUCACGCUAUUCCCCUACGGGGAUAAAACUGUUGUUGGAGAACGUGGUGUCAGUUUAUCGGGAGGCCAACGAGCAAGAAUUAAUUUAGCAAGAGCUGUAUACGCAAAUUCUGAUAUUUAUCUUAUGGACGACCCGCUGAGCGCUGUGGAUACGCACGUGGGUAAACACAUGUUCGACGAAUGUAUUGCUGGAUUCUUGAACGGGAAAACUCGAAUUCUCGUAACCCAUCAGUUGCAGUAUCUGAGAAACGUUGAUCGAAUAAUCGUGCUGAAAGAUGGUGCUGUCGAGGCUCAGGGAAACUAUUCGGAGCUUCAGAGUUCCGGAAUUGAUCUUGGAAGACUUUUAGAAUCCCAAGACGAAAGCAGAACCAGCUCUCAAGCCCCAAGCAGAUCCAUGUCCAGGCAUUCUAGCGUCACCUCUGUCGACUCAUCCAAGGGUUCGGAAGGUUUGGCACAGGACGAUGUGCCUGACCAGGAGGGGGAGGCGGAAAUCAGAAGCGUUGGUAGCGUAGCGGGUUCGGUAUAUGCAGAUUACUUCCGUGCUGGUGGGAGCUGGUGCAUAAUAUCAGUGAUUCUCGCGCUUUGUGUGCUGACACAAUUCUUUGCCAGCGCAGGCGAUUACUUCGUAGUGAUUUGGGUCAACUUGGAGCAGCGUAGUCUUACAACGGUAGACGGUGCACCCGUUUUAAAUUGGCAGAGUACUUGGUUGACCCGGGAUAAUUGUAUCUAUAUAUUUUCGACCUUGACGAUACUGACAAUUGUUGUGACGUUGAUACGCUCUUUUGCAUUUUUCCAUGUCAGCAUGAAAGCGUCAAAACGUCUGCACAACGCUAUGUUCAGAGGGAUAAGUCAUGCAACGAUGAGAUUUUUCAACACAAAUUCAUCCGGUAGGAUUUUAAACAGAUUCUCAAAAGACAUGGGAGCGAUCGACGAGCUUCUUCCCAGUGCUCUGAUCGACUGCAUACAAAUUGGUCUUGGACUCAUCGGAGUAAUCAUUGUUGUUGGAAUCUCAAAUCCCUGGCUAAUGAUAAUCACCGUUAUUAUGGCCGCUAUUUUUUACUGGCUUCGUAUCGUUUAUCUAUCAACGAGUCGUAGUGUCAAGAGAUUGGAAGGAGUCACCCGAUCUCCCGUGUUCACUCAUCUCAACGCCACGCUACAGGGGCUGACUACGAUUAGGGCUUUUGAAGCUGGGACUAUUUUAACAACCGAAUUCGACCACCGCCAGGAUUUACACUCGUCUGCCUGGUUCAUGUUCAUCGGUUCUUCUCGCGCUUUUGCCUUAUGGCUGGACUUCAUUUGCGUCGUUUGGAUAGCUCUUGUGACUUACAGUUUUUUAGUUAUUCCCAAUCAGUCGGAUUCGAUGGGAGGCAACGUUGGACUCGCUAUAACGCAAAGUAUCGGCCUCACAGGCAUGUUUCAAUGGGGUAUGAGGCAGAGUGCUGAAUUAGAAAAUCAAAUGACAUCCGUGGAACGAGUCUGUCAGUACAGUGUUGUGGACCAAGAACCUCCGUUAAAAACCACCGUGGAGAAUUUACCACCAAAAGAUUGGCCAUCAUCUGGUAAACUGGAAUUCAAGGACCUCUCUAUGCAGUACGGUCCGUUGGAACCACUAGUUCUCCGUAAUCUGAAUUUUGUAGUUGAAUCGUGUGAAAAAAUUGGAAUAGUGGGUAGAACGGGUGCUGGAAAAUCAUCUUUAGUGUCUGCGUUGUUCCGUCUUGCAUAUUCGAAAGGCGACAUAAUAAUCGAUGAUGUGCCAAGUGGUCGUUUGGGUCUUCAUGACCUCCGUUCUAAAAUAAGUAUAAUUCCUCAAGAGCCAUUUUUGUUCUCUGGAACCCUACGCCGGAAUCUAGAUCCAUUCGACGAGUAUCCGGACAGCGCUUUGUGGCAGGCUCUGGAAGAAGUUGAACUGAAAGACAUCGGACUCGAGUCGAACGUAGCGGAAGGUGGAUCCAACCUCAGCGUUGGUCAGCGACAGCUCGUUUGUCUCGCCAGAGCAAUUGUGAGAAAGAAUAAAAUUCUCAUUCUUGACGAGGCUACAGCCAACGUCGAUCCUUAUACCGAUGAGCUCAUACAAAAAACAAUUCGUGUUAAAUUUGUUAACUGCACAGUAUUAACGGUCGCCCAUCGACUAAACACAGUCAUGGAUAGCGAUAAAGUUCUUGUAAUGGACGCUGGCACUGUAGUGGAAUUUGACCACCCUCAUAUCCUGCUGCAAAAGGAUAACGGAUAUUUGCGUAGCAUGGUCGAUAACACGGGUAAAUCCAUGGCUGCGACUUUGGCUGUUGUGGCUAAAAAUCAUUAUAAAAUCAAAAUGAAUGAGUCAACUGGCUGAUUCCAACGUGUUUACGUAAAUGCAAUGCACUUGUAAGAUUUCCCCCAUUGAUUUUAUGGAAUACCGGUGAGUCAAAUGUUAUAUUUUUCUCUGUCUAAUUCAUUCAUAUUUUUGAAUGAUUAUUAAUUUUAGAUGUAAGUUACAUUUUUCAGUAUAUAGUUGGGGCUUUCAGCUCGUUUGCUCAAUAUGCCAAGUAAAGAUUAAAUAUAUUAACCGAUAUUAUCGGUCAAAUCGAGAAUUUAUAAACCUCGUCUCUUGAAAACUUAACGUUUCGCUGUAUUGAAAAGGAAAAACAAAAUAAUAAUAAUAAUCAGAAACUAUGCGGUACCUUAUUUUUUUUUUUAUGAAAAUAUGACCAGCUAAAUAAGGAUAGUAGUAAUAUAUGGUGCUGAAUAUUUGCGCAUAAGUGAAAAAGAAAACAAAAAUUAUUUUGUACGUAAAAAAACUACCACUAUGUAACAGUAUUGCUUCUUUCACAACUACCUAUGAAACGACGUGUUCAUUAUUUUUAUGACUUGGUAAUUUUAUUUCAAUUUUAUUCCCCCGGAGUGAAAAAAAUACCGGUAUAAUGAUUAAUUUAUUGCAUGCACAAUGUUAGGUAUAUGAUAUACAUAUCUGUGUAUUAUAGACAGGAUGAGAAAAAAAAAUGCUCGAAAUAAUUUAUACUACUAUCGUUAUGAUUAUUGUAAACAUUAUCGAUCGUUAAUUAUUGUAAUAAGUUGUGUUUAGGUACAAAAAUAGAAAAUAAUUAAUAUUCAUAUAAUGAAGAUAA